AUGCGCUUCUCUCCACUCCCCGUCCUCCUUCUCCUCUCCACUCCCUCCCUCGCCGCCCCCAACGAGCCCUGCUACGGUCCCAAUGGCACACCGGGCGUCUGCAUCACCGAAGCAUCCUGCACAUCCUCCGGCGGCACCGCCAUUUCCGGCGCCUGCCCGGCCGACGCCGCCAACAUAAAGUGCUGCUCCAAGGCUACCUGCUCCUCCGGAAACUGCCGCUGGUCGUCCGACUGUACCGGUACCUCGGCGAGCGGUCAGUGUCCCGGUCCUGCGCAGAUGAAGUGCUGCUCCGCCGGCGGAACGGGCUUCGGUGGGUAUUCGGCGCCGACUAUCCCCGCUGUGGGCGCCUGUAAGCAGGUUUCUGUAGAUGCGUCCAAGAAAGUCGUUGCUGCGUUCCCUGGAAGGGUGAGGGAGAUUGGAUGUAAGAGGGCUUGUGACUGUCCUGGGUCUUCGGAUCAUUGCUGUGGUCUUGCGACUGAUUUUAUGUGCUCUGACGCUGGUGGUACUGCUACCCUUUCUGGCAAAGAGAUCGCCGAGUGGUGCAUGAGGAACCGCAGCGCUCUGAACCUCAAGUAUGUCAUCUGGGGACAAAAGAUCUGGACUACCUCUGUCGAUAAGACGGAGAAGAACUGGGAGAGCUGGCGAACCAUGGACGAUCGUGGUGACCUGACUCAGAACCAUUGGGACCAUGUUCAUGUCUCAUACAACGGCUAA